UGAAUGAAGCAUACGUAUAUCCCCCGAUGUUCGCACUAAUCCUAUUUCAAUGCCAAAUUGUAAACGCGUUAUCUUUAUGGAACUUAGGUGCUGUACUUCCACUCUACAAAAACUAUCCAGGAAUACAACGUACCCCUGCACACCAGUACUUUGGAACCGUUGAUGAUAUUCCUGUUUUCGUUGUAGAAUCUAAGUAUUCAUCACCUGUUAUUUUGACAUUAGGAAAUGAACGUGUAGUAACUGGUUUUGUUGAUCCGAAGGACGCAGUAGAUUUUCUUUCUGAAAUUGCACAGACGGAAGGACCAGACGAAUAUCGAUCUUCGAAUUUGCGAAUAAAGGUUAUGAACUUAAAGCAAUGGCUUGAUAAAGCGGACCCUAACCGGAAUAGAAUACGAUCUAAUAUAAAAUACAAAAUUGUUCCGAGCUCGGAUCAGAAAACAUCACGGGAUUUAUAUUUGCCAUUUAGACAUCGGAACAAAUCUCAUGUUUCAGUGUUUUAUUCAAAAAAUCUGGCUUUAAAUUCACCAUCUGGGCAAUCUCUAACACCCCUGUUUUUGGACUUGAAAGAUCUGCAACAAUAUAUAUCGACUAUAGAAGACCCAGUACAUAGAGAACAUUGUUCCAGAUCGAUAGACGUUAUGUCGUUAUUUGACUUACUUUUGGCGAAUCCAACAUUAGAUGGGUAUGUGAUUGCACCAAGUGCUAAAUCAAUCGAAUUUUGUAAUAAAGAGCGGUACUCGUAUAUCGUAAAAGCCCGAUCAUUGAAUAAGGCGAAGUAGUACAAUCUGGUGCUGUUAACUACUA